CUGACUAGAUCAUCCGGAAGCAUGUCAAUUUGUUGUCCGACAAGUUCCCCAGUUAUUUCAAUCGGUGAUAUUUCAGCACAAAUGUCGUGAAUAUUUUCAAUCUCCGAGUUGUCAUAUCGUAGAUCUCCCAUCAAAGAGUUGUAGGCUGAGGCAAAGUGCUUUGCAAAGAAACCAGCGAUUGUAGACUGGUCAUCUGCCCUCAUAUCCAUAUAAGACAUCUCAUGCGGCAGAUCAUCACUUUUCCCUUUUAUGUUAUUCACAUGUCUGAAAAACUUCUUUGGAUCAUCGUCUAUCAGAUUCUCCAUCUCAAUUCCGUAAUCCUUGAGUGCUGACCGUGCACUGCGUUUAUAUUCUCUUCUUAAUUGUUUAAAAUUUUCUACUGAUUCAAUUGUGUUGACCUUUUUUUAAUCUGAUGAGCUUUUCUGCCUUUGGUUUUCAACUCGAUUAGUGGCUUGUUAAACCAUAUCGGUUGCUUCCUGAUGAUUUUUGUUUUUAACUGGACAUGAGUUUCGAUUGUUGACUUUGAAAUUGUAUAGAAAUUGUCUAGUUUUAAUUCUAAUGAAUUUUUAUCGAAUUCUUUAUUCCAGUCAACAUCAAGGAAAGACUCAUUUAUUAGUUUGGAUUAUUAUUGGAUUAUUGGAUUUGAACGGGGAGUGUACUGUUCUAAAUGAAUACAAAGUAAAACUCGUUGCUCAGGUUUCACAACCUAUUGCAAGACGCCCGUGUGUGUAUUAUGAUACACGAAAUAGUCUUUAUCCAAAAAUAUGUACGAGACAUGGAUUUUGUUCACAUGCCCGCUUGAAAAAUUGUACCAGUCUGAAUACGUUAGGUGCAUGAAUCAUCUGGUAGGAUCUCCAUCCAGUGAACCUGUCCCUAAUUUCAUUCAGCCUUGAACAUCUGUCUACAAGAUGGGAUGUUGUUUCCACUUCAUCACCACAAAGUCUACAGUCAGGGUCAUCCCUAAGAUUUAGCUUUCUUAGGUGAUUAUUGACUCUGGCAUGUCCGGUUAGUAAGCCAAUGACCAUCCGUAGGUCUCCCUUGGAAAGCUCAGUCAGGUUGGCUGUAAGUUUGGGACAUGGGAGCUGCACGAUAUGUUUCGUUUGCUCACAUGUAAAAGUACCCUGCCAAUUGAGGCGGGCUCUAUUUUUGAGCCAUGUUGCAACAGUGCCCUUGACUCGUGAAUAAUCUAUUGGUAGAAACGGUUCAGGUCCUUUCACUGCACUAAGGGAUGCUGUUUUAGCAGCCCCAUCUGCAAGGUCGUGCCCUCUUAUACCAAUAUGCGACCUGAUCCAAACAACUCUAAGAUUGUUUGUUUCGGCAAUACACUGUAAUGCUCUGUAGCAGUUCAUAACCAAGCUACUCUCCACCUUGAAUCUUUGAAGAUCCGAUAUAGCACCUAGGCUAUCGGUGAAGAUCGCAAUGUUACCCUCCACAGUGCCCUCCAUUAUUUUGUUUGCACAAUGAAAAAUUCCAGCUAUUUCGGCCUGUUUGACUGUUGUUAUCCGUCCCAGGGGAAUUGAGCGAGUACUGUUCUCUGUUUCACAGUAGAACCCACAGCCACUGCCUGUUUCUCUGACUGAUCCAUCAGUGAAAAAGGAGUGAUGAGCCCACUCUUUUUGCUGGAAAAAUUCAUUUAGAUUAUUUGUUAUUAUAAUCUCAAAACUCCUACUAAAAUUGUAGGAGGAAGUCUUAAGUUUGUCAGAAGGAGCCUCAAGUACCCUUUCAAUAUUAAAAAGGUUUCUUAAGGCAUUCCCAUGUAAUACCCUGGAACAAAAGUUCCCAUUUACUUGAGUUCUCAUUCUGAAUGCCGUUUUCAUUGCUUCGCCUUCUAUGAAGUCCUCAAGCUUUGGCAGGCCCAGGAGAACAUCAAGUGAAUUUUGUGGUGUUGUUUUCAUGGCCCCAGUAGCACUUAGACAUGCUACUCUUUGCAAAUGAUUCAGUUUUUUCCUAGCACUGGCGCUUGUGGUGCCAGUCCACCAGAUGAAAGAACCAUAUGCAAGCAUAGGCUUGAAAACAGCUGUGAAAAGCCAUAAGAGACAUUUAGGAGAUAAACCCCAUGAUUUGCCAAUGGCUGAUCUACAGCACCAAAAUACUCUCAAGCAUUUCUUUAUUCUAUAUUCAAUGUGGUUUUGCCAACUGAGUUUCGAAUCAAGUAUGAUGCCCAAGUAUUUUACGUUAUCACUUCUUUUGAUUGUUGAACCAAAAAGAGUUGGGUUUCUGAAGCCCUGUAGGCUACGAUUUUUUGUGAAUAUAAUUAAUUCUGAUUUUGCGGGAUUAACCCUGAGCCCCACCUCUCGACACCAAUUUUCAAUCAGCUUAAGAGCUGCUUGUGUUCUGUCUGAUAGAGUACUCAAGAAUUUGCCCCUACAAAUAAUGCUCAGAUCAUCCGCAUAACCAACUGCUUCGUGUCCCUCUUCUUUAAGUCUUCUAAGAAGGCUGUUCACUACUAGUAGCCAUAGGAGUGGCGACAGUACUCCACCCUGAGGGGUCCCUCGCGUGGCAUGCACUGUAACAACCCUAUCUUGAGCUCGCAAGAUUAUGCUUCUAGUUCCGAGCAUGGCACCGAUCCAAUUUUGGAUCACUUGGUUUGCACCCAUAUCUUUGACACUUCUAUUUAUGGCAUCGAAUGAUACAUUAUCAAAUGCACCUUCGAUGUCCAUAAAAGUUGUUAUCAUAAAUUCCUUAUCCAAGAGUGUUUUCUCAGCCAUGGAUACUAUUUUAUGGAGUGCUGUCUCGGUCGAUUUGCCCUGCUGAAAAGAGUGUUGGCUCUCGUGCAGGUGGCCGGACGCAUCCAAAAUCUCUCUCAGAUGUCUUUCAAUCAGUCUUUCCAAUCCCUUUAAUAGAAAUGAUGAGAGACUGAUUGGUCUGAAAGAUUUAGGUGAUGUAUAGUCAUCUUUUCCUAUUUUAGGAAUAAAUGUUACUUUCACAUUUUGCCAUGAGCUUGGGACGUGACCCAGGAUAAUCGAAGACUUGUAUAUAGAUACAAUUAAAUCCCCAAUUAUGUCCCAUGUCUUUUGUAAAAGCACCGGAUAAAUUUCAUCUAAGCCAGGUGAUUUGAAGGGGCCAAACGAAAAAAUGGCCCAUUCCACUUUUCUGGGAGAUAAAAGAUUGUUUAUAAAAUUUUCAUCAUAAGCGGUUCGCCCUGCGUCCAGGUUGUUUAACUGAACGGGCAAUGCGUUAGGAAUAUUAUCGGGGAAGUGCGUGUCUAGAAGAAGUUUUGCAGCCUCUUCCUCAGACUCCGUGUAACUUCCAUCGUGUUUCACAAGUAUUCCGGGACCCUGUGUUGGAUCUUUUGCUAGAAUCUUGUGUACUCUUGAGGUGCUUUUGGCACCCUCAAUCUUGCCAAAGUAUCUCUUUUCAGAGUCUUUUUUGGCCUCAAGAAUUUUUUUGGCGUAUUUGUUCCUGCUCUUCCGCCACAAUUCGUGGCAGAUAGGGCCUUGAGGUGUAUCCUUCCUAGCUAGGUAUAUUCUAAGUAGCCGUCUGGAUUCCUUUCGUAGCCUCUGCAGGUCCCUAUUCCACCAAUUAUUGCUUUUAAUCCUCAUCUCACGCUCAGGACACAUCAAUCGGUACGAGGUUUUUAGUAGAUCCGUUAACAACUCAGUUGUACGAUCCAAACGCUCUCUAGAUGAGAUGUCAAGACACAUUCUUCUGAGUGCCACAGAUCCACUUCUAACCUCUCUUCGAAAUCCGUCCCAGUUUGUGUUUCUAGGAUUCCUAAAUUUGUCCUGUGCUCUGGGAGCACAGAUUAAUUGGAAGCGAAUUUCUCUGUGAUCAGAGAGCCUGUCUUCCUUAGAUACGUGCCAAUUUUUCACUAAGUGUGAAAAAUUUACUGAUGCCAAAGUGAUGUCAAGAACUUCUGAUCUAUUCCUUGUAACAAAAGUCGGUUCAAGACCUCUGUUUAGAAUAAAUAGGUCAGUUGUUGCAACAUACUCCAGAAGCAAUUCACCCCUACGAUUUGUGUCAUUACUUCCCCAAACCGUGUGAUGUGCGUUAGCAUCUCCACCCAUAAUUAUGGGGAGUGACUUGUUUGUAGAGUAAUCAUAUAGUGCUCUGAAUCCUUCACCUGGGAUAUCCUCGUGCGAAGGAUUUGCAAGGUAGAAGGAACACAAGAUUACAUCUGAAUCAUGAACACUGUCAUCUUUCAGUUUCACAGACGUUAUGUCACGGGAGCUAAACUGAGGCAGAAGUGUUAGGCUUAACCCCUUAGAUGCAACAAUACAUGAUCUAGGGGGCUGAUUUGAUAUGUUUAAAUAAAAGAGACUCAUCUUUUCAAUGUCAAAACCACAUAUUUUGUUUUUAACAACCCAGGGUUCUUGUAUCAAAAAGAUGGAAUUUUGUUUUUUUGUUUGCAUUUCACAAAUCGAUUUACACACAAGUGCAGUCGCUGCUUUGCUUUUAUGCAAGUUAAUUUGAUGUACGCUAAUCCACGUCUGAGUGUUCAACUGAGGUGAUACACUAGCUGUAGAUACAGCGUGAGAAAGUGAACUGACAUUUGAAUUAGCCAUGACUAAGACAAUUGUAGUUCAAUGGGGGGAGAGGUAGAAGGCCUCAGGGAUCUGUGUCAUCAUUUAAUGACAUUAGAUCCCAAGCCUCUACCGAACAAUCCAUGGCAUCAGUGCCACGUAAAUCAGUUGAUGGAUCGACUGUUGGGGCAGUUAUUGUUGCAGGUUUCUCCACUACAAUAUGACCGCUCUGUUCAGGUCUGUCGUCAACUGUUGCAGAAGGGUUCAGUUCGAUUACGGUGACAUCCAUGUUACGAUAUGAUUCGUCAUGUGGUGUCUCCAGAUCUACUGUACCUACUGUAAUUGUAUCUUCAUCGAUUUCCGAUGACAGAAUUUCCUCUUCCACAACCUCAGACUCCUUCUUUUCAGAAGGUUUUGGUUUUUUGGAACGAGUAAUUUCGUGGAUACGAGUUUUUCCCAUACCAAAUUUGAACUCAGGUCCAUUCUCUAGGAGAAUUGCCCGAUCACGGGGUCGAACACUGAGGCCGAGCUGAACUCCAUUGUCCUUUGGUGUUCGACUGAUGCAUCUGAACGAAACUGAGGCGAGACAAGGAUUCGCUGCUUUCAGCAAAAGCUGUAUGUCUUCCCAGCUGUUCAUAUGCUUGAAAAAACCAGUGAAUAGUGGAGGCGGUGGGAUCUGACUGAAUGGACAGACAGUAAUAGACAAACCCAGCUUUUCAGCAAGUCUGCCCUCCACUCCCUUCAACCAUUCACUAGAAUAAUUGUUGUCACACACAACUUUGACCACCCCACGAGAACGCGUAGUACUCUCAAACGUUGGAGCCUUAGACCCAGCACGUACAUCCUCAAGCAGGAGAUCGUUUAGCGUCUUCCAUAUCUUCAGAUAAAGAUCAUGAGAUAGUUCGGACAAACAACCUCCCUCGAUGGUAUGUACGACUGCCAUCUCAAGCAAGGAUUUCUUCAGAGCCUGGGCAUAGGUGGGGUUCACCGCUGCCACAUUUUCCGGAGUAUCCUUCAAGUCCACUCGUUUGUGAGCAUUUGGCUCAGGCGGAGUACCCUCAUUUGUGCGCGGACGCUUCUUUGAAUCAGUCUGAUUGGUUUGGAUGGAUUGUUGUUGUACCCUUUCCAAAACCCGUGAGGAACCAGCGGUCGGCCCAGAUCUUGUAGGCGUAGACGAUGACAAUGGUACCUCAUCUCGACUGGCUUUCAAAGUCGAUGAAAGACUAGUAGUAGUGUGUGAAUGCUCAUCACUUUUCUGGUCUUUAAGAUUGUUACGACGGUUACGCCGAAUAUGUGUGCCAUCCAUAUAUACGUAAGAGAUUAUACUGCUGUAAAACCCAUAGUUAUCUCAUCGUAUUAUCAUCAGACGAAUAUAACACAAAUUAAAUGGAGUCGAAAUGAGAAUCAAUUAUUUUUUGGUGAUGUGAAAGGAACCGUAUUCCUUGUUAAUUUAAAUAAUUUUUUGGGCCGAAACACUAAUAUAUCAAUUCAUCCAAUUUUAUUUUUGGAGUCACCAAUUGUUCAGAUCUCUCAAUACGAACAGUUGCUUUUAGUGUCAAACUAUUCUAAAUGUAUUCUCUGUAAUACAGAGACGGAGGAGUUUAAGCAAAUUGGAACACAACCGCGAGAUGGAAAGUUUGGAGCUUGUUUUUUUGUGAAUUCCAACAAGUUAAUAACCACACGUGUAAUUUGCGCAAGACCAAGGAGUCGAUUAUGGGAGUGUAGUAUCGAUGGGAAUGUUUUAAAAACACAUAACUUCAAAUAUGUACUUGAGACAGGUCAAAUACCUAAUUUAGAGGCCUUUUCGACUGAGCCUAUAGCAAUCGAUAAGAAACAGACAACUUCUAUUAACGAAAUCAAUGAGCAACUAAAUAAUUUGCAAGUUAUAAAUAAGAUGUUUGUUCUGGGAUAUACUGCAAAUGCAUUUUAUAUAUUCGAUAUCCUUCGUUCAAAAAUAUUACUAUGGUGUAAUAAAUUUGGAAACAUUCAUACACUUAAAGUUAUGAAUGAAGACACAAUAUUUCUUUUUACCCAAAACCAUAAAGCAUACACCUUUCAAAUAAAAAAAUUGAAUGAUCUAUUUUUUGAGGCAUCUAAAGAGCAUUAUGAGAUGGAUCCUCAAAACAUGAAUUAUUUCAAAAAUAAAUUGGAUAGUCCGCUGUUUCGAGAAUAUUACUCAAUACUACGUGAAAAAUCACACCGAGAAACUAACUGUGAAAACGUAUUAGGAAUUUUCAAAACUCUAGAUAAAAUGAUUUCACAAAACGUUGUAACAACGCACGUGCAAAACAUGAGAUCCAAGAAAUUAAAAACAGAAAAUGAACUUGAUCAAACUCAUUCAGAAAAUUUACUGUUAGGGUAUGAAUGUAAAAUUACUGAAAACAUUACAGAUAAUAAGGAAGACUUUUACAAUUCAAAUACUUCAAAAAUGAAUUUAUUAUCUAAGCACCAAUUUGAAAAAAGUAAUUUAAUUAUAAAGAAUAGUAUCUUACAAAACAUGUACUGCAUUUAUAAAUCAUUGAAAGUAUCAAAAUUUGAUUUGAAUGACCGGUAUGCGGAAUUUUUUGACAACUAUGAUUUACAUAAAAUUAAAAAGGUUCUCAAUGCUUUGGAACUUAUAAUAUUGGAAAAUGAGAAAGAUGUUACACAAUUUGAAGCAAAGAAAAGUUGUGCUUGUAUUUAUUUGAACUAUGUCAAAAUAGAUAUUUUGAAAGAUCUUUCAGAAGAAUCUGAAAAUUUCAUCAUUGAAUGCUUUUUGGUAGUUAAUUCAAAAUAUAAUGGUCAAUUUCAGCGCUGUCAUUGUUGCAAAUUUCCGCUAAGUAUAAUGCCGAACGUUGUAAAAUACAAAGAGAUAAUUGAAGUAAUUAUCACAAGAUUAGUUAAGCAAGGAGAAAGACAAACAAUAUUUGGAAUAGUUGAAGCUAUACCAUCGACAAUAUAUAUAUAUCUCAAAGUAAUUCUAAAUGAAAAUUUUGCAAGCUUGGAGUUUAAUUUUUUUGUGGAUAUUUUUUUUUCUUGUGCUCAUAAAUCUUUUUUUAAUAAACAUAUACAAAGGUUCAAAGUCUUCAGUAAAUUCGAUUUUUGGGUUGAAUAUUUGACACGCCUCAUGCGACUUCAUAAGGAAGAAGAAAUUCAUUGUAUUCGUUGUGGAACAUAUAGUAAACUGGAGUUAAAAGGAAAUAUCAAAUCAGAAAAUAUUUACUCUUACGAUUAUUUUUUUGAAACGAUGACUAUCAUAAAUAAUAAAUCUGCUCUUGAGCUAUGUAAAAUAUCAGCUCAUGAUAUUCCGUCUGAUGCAAUUAGCAAAAUUUUUUAUAUGAAAUGCUUAUUAGGUUCCCAUUAAGAACACCUUAAAAGAAUACAUUCAGCUGUCAUUUUUGUGGUUCCUAAUUGUAAAUUUUAUCGUAUUUUAAAAAUAAUAUUUCAUAUUGGCUAAUAAACCAGCAAACAAAUUUGUAAUGUUUUAAGUACAUUCUAACGUUGAAAAAUUUAACGUUUUGGCCCAUUCUCGACGAGAAUUUCUCGUGGUCAUUUUCGUGUCAAAUGGAACAGAGAUUAUGUGUAUAGUUUCCACGAAUCCCAAUGGAAUGGAUCCACUUGUUCCAUUCUCUUCCAAUAAUAUUUCGUUUGACAACAUAAUGUGACCCAGUACAUUAAGUUUUAAAUUGAAAAUCUAACAAUUCAUUUGUUCAUUUUCGCUCAA